CUCUUCUUUAAGAUUCUCCUUCUCUUCCAUGUGCGUGUUUCUGUGCUUUUGAAGCCAACGAUGACGAUGAAGAUGAUGUCUUUGAAUUGAAACCAAAUUCGUCCCUACGAUUGUUUCUUCUGAGUUUUGAUUUCAGAUCUCGCUUUUUUUUCCGAUUUCUUCAAUCAUCAUGGCUUACCUGAUGUAGUAAUUUGGGAAUCUAAUUCAUUCUCAAAGCUCGAGUUUUUAUAGAAGUUGUGUGUGUUCUCUUGCGUUUCAUGAUCAGUCUAGGUAUUUGCUUUAUCCGGUUCGUGUUGGUUUUAGACAUAGGCACUGGUCUUGAAGGUCUCUCUUCGGCUACUGCUUCUGUUGUUUACCAAAAGAAGCCUUUUUUGGUUUCUUCUUCUGUUUCAUGUCGAGGAACUUAGACAGUCCUGUUCAGACACAAAUGGCAGUGGCAGUGUUUAAGACUCCCCUUACUGGGGCUAAUAAGAUGGAAGGGAAGCAGCAUCAUAAACAUCAGCAUCUUCAGAGGCAAUCAUCGGGGAGGCGGGUUUUCGUGCAAACCGAAACUGGUUGUGUUUUGGGGAUGGAGUUGGAUCGUAGUGAUAAUGUUCAUACUGUUAAAAGGAGGCUUCAGAUUGCUCUUAAUUUCCCUACUGAGGAAAGUUCUUUGACUUAUGGUGAUAUGGUGUUGACGAAUGAUUUGAGUGCUGUGAGGAAUGAUUCUCCGCUUCUGCUGAAACGGAAUUUUAUGCAUAGAAGUUCGUCUACUCCUUGUCUUUCGCCUACUGGGAGGGAUUUGCAACAGAAAGAUCGAAGUGGUCCUAUUGAGAUACUAGGCCAUUCGGAUUGCUUUUCGAUUGUUAAACAUAUGGUGAAGGACAUUGUUAAGGCGAUGAAGAUGGGUGUUGAACCGCUUCCUGUUCAUAGCGGGCUUGGAGGUGCAUAUUAUUUUAGGAACAAAAGGGGUGAGAGUGUUGCGAUUGUCAAGCCGACAGAUGAAGAGCCGUUUGCACCUAACAAUCCUAAAGGCUUUGUUGGGAAAGCCCUUGGGCAACCUGGAUUAAAGUCUUCGGUGCGAGUUGGGGAAACCGGGUUUAGAGAAGUUGCUGCUUAUCUUCUUGAUUAUGGUCGCUUUGCUAAUGUCCCUCCAACUGCUCUUGUGAAGAUAACUCAUUCUGUAUUCAAUGUCAAUGAUGGGGUGAAAGGGAACAAGCCUCGGGAGAAGAAGCUGGUUAGUAAGAUUGCUUCUUUCCAGAAGUUUGUGGCUCAUGAUUUCGAUGCUAGCGAUCAUGGCACUUCAAGCUUCCCUGUAGCUUCUGUGCACCGCAUUGGUAUAUUGGACAUAAGGAUCUUCAACACAGACCGUCAUGGUGGGAAUCUUUUGGUGAAGAAGCUUGAUGGAGUCGGAAUGUUUGGUCAAGUGGAGCUUAUUCCAAUUGACCAUGGUCUCUGCCUGCCAGAAACACUUGAGGAUCCUUAUUUUGAGUGGAUUCAUUGGCCUCAGGCAUCAUUACCAUUCUCUGAUGAAGAGCUUGACUACAUACAAAGUCUUGAUCCAUUGAAAGACUGUGACAUGCUUAGAAGAGAACUUCCAAUGAUUAGAGAGGCGUGUCUUCGGGUUCUUGUUCUCUGUACUAUUUUCCUCAAAGAAGCUGCUUCUUAUGGGCUGUGUCUUGCUGAGAUUGGCGAGAUGAUGACUCGGGAAUUUCGACCAGGAGAAGAAGAGCCAAGUGAACUGGAGGUUGUGUGUAUUGAAGCCAAGAGAUCAGUCACUGAACGCGAUGUUUUCUCUCCAAGGUCAGAUGUAGUAGGAGAAGCAGAGUUUCAGUUCGAUCUAGACUGUGAUGAUUUAGAAUCAGUCUACAGUUCCAAGAUACAACUAACCGAUGACUACUUCACCAAAAACCCUUUUUCAAACGGACGUUCUUCACUCGGGAAGCUUGAAGAAAGCAUCAAGGAAGAAGAAGAAGAUGAAGAAGAAGAAGAGGACAAAACUGAAAAUGCUGUCCCUAUGAUCAUUAUGAAAGACAGUUUUUUUAGUUCAGCUGCUUUUCAUGACAAAGCUCCAUCUCUUUCAAAGCUUUCAACUUCAAUGAAGAACACACAUCUUAGCGACACAGCACGUAAACACCCAAAACCCUUAACCAGAGGCAAAUCCGAGAACACAUCGUCUGGUCACAAAAGCGCAAACGAACAGCUUCCAGUGAGUGCAAGCUUUGUGAAAGUAGCAGACAUGAAAGAAGACGAGUGGGUUCUCUUCCUAGAGAGGUUCCAAGAGUUACUUGGACCGGCUUUCGCAAAACGCAAAACCGCAACGUUGAGUAAGAGACAGAGACUUGGCACUUCAUGCCAGUUUUGAGAGUCGUAUAGUAAAAAGUAAAACUCGAG